UAAACUUGCUGGUCUAUACUUGUCUAUACUCUAUGUAUUUUCGGUGAUAACUGAGGGACAGCCUCACCGUUUUUGACGAAAUUUUACAGGAUCGUGUAUCUUUGCCUGUAAAAUAUUUAGCAAACGAUACGGUUUGCUCCGUGUGUGUGUGUAGCGGUACAGUGUACACUCGGCACUGCUUGCCUCGGCAUGUGGGACUGUCGUGCACCGACAGCGAAGUCUGGGGACCAGGCGAGUUGAGCGUCCGGCUGCUGGUGAGAAGAAUCGAGCACGCAGAAUGAAUGUCGUGCGGGUCAACUCGAAGAACGUGAUAUUCCUCUUCAUGGCGCUCCUGUCAAUCUACGUCCAGGAGGCUCGUAUGGAUUACGGCACCGCGAGCAGCUAUGCUCUGAAAGAAGCCAACGUCAACUCCACGCCUGCCUACAGCAGCAAGAAGGAUGAAGUGAACGAUAGGUGUUCGAAAGGGAAACCCUGCGUGGAAUUGAGCAUCGAGUGCCUGAGGUGCAAUUUGAAUUACAGCUGCAGAUACGGGGCGAUGUACGAGGCGAACUGUUCCGUGCUGGAGAAAGUUGAUUGUAUAGGCGAACAAACCUUCUCGAGGAAAUACAUGUGCCGUUAUUGUUAUCAAACUGAUCACUGGGAGCAUCACUGCCACCAGAAAAAUUCCUGCAGCUCUGUGGCGUCUCCUCAGCAAUAUUACCGAACAAAUUGUACGGUAAACGAUGACACAUUGUGUCUGGGUAGACGGAAGUUUAUGAAAAACUUGCCUUGCAACUGGACAGUCGGGUAUCGUUGGUCUACGGCUCUGAUCUUGAGCAUCACUCUCGGAGGAUUUGGCGCAGAUAGAUUUUACUUGGGGCAUUGGCAAGAAGGUAUCGGCAAGCUUUUCAGCUUCGGUGGACUUGGUGUAUGGACCUUAAUCGACGUGAUAUUGAUCUCUAUGAGAUACUUAGGCCCCGCUGACGGCUCUUUGUAUAUUUAGAUUAUUCACAAAUAUUGUAAAUACUAGUAUGAAAUCUAAGUGUUAUUUUACCAUAAUUUAUUGCAGUAGGAAGAUAUAUUUGUUGAUACUACACGGAGAGAAUUUUUCUUUAAAUUUAUCCUGAAAAUUAUGUAAUCGUUGGACAACGGCAUUUUGAAGAAUUCUAUGAGUUUUUUUAAGUUGACCAUUUUGCUAGUAGAAGGUAUGGUCAAAUUAAAAAAAAAACUCAUAAGUCUUCAGAAUGCUAUGUUGUCCCACGAUUACGUGAUCUUCAGAGUAAGUUUUAAGCGAAAAUUCUCUGUGCAGGUACAAAUAAAUGUGAUACAUGUAAAUACAUAAAUAUAGUACGCCUUCUUCAUAAAAA